UGUCAUCGAGCAGGAGGAGGAAGCGGCGCGGCCCGGCCCGGCCCGGCUCGGCUCCGGACCCGCACCCGCGGGGCGGGAGUGGAUUUUUUUUUUCAGUAAAAAUAAAAUAAUGAAGGUCAGAGGGUAAUGUCGGUGAAGAAAAACGGAACACACAAGGGUCAGCUCUAAUUCAAGGCACUGUAUCGGCCCAUACCAAUCUGAUUUUGAUAUGCAGCUGGGCAACGUGGAAACCAGUGUUGGGCUGAAGAUGGCUUGCCAGAUUCAGCCUUCCAGAACACACAGAUCCCAGCAUCCUGUAUAUCAAAAGCAACAGCAGCAAGAUGCUUCCUGAGAAAAUGUUUCCUAGGCCUCAGAACAGCACUUGUGCGAAUCGUGUUGGCACCAUUCCUGCAGUAUUGUGCUCCUCAAAUGACAUGUGUGACUUCAGCAAAGCACACUUGGAUUUUGGGGAAGACGGAAACUUUAAGCAUUCCUUCACUGAAUUAGUGCCUGGCGAGGAAUGCGAUGGGAUCAAUAGCAUGUCUGUGGAGAGUGGCCCUGGGACAAGACUGAGAAAUUUACCAGUAAUGGGGGAUGGACUAGAAACUACCCAAAUGUCUACAACUCAGUCACAGGCCCAACCUCAGCAAGGCAGUACUGUAGGCGUUAACCCUCCUCCACCAGAGACCUCCAACCCUAACAAGCCCAAGCGACAGACCAACCAACUGCAGUAUCUGCUCAAAGUGGUGCUCAAGACACUAUGGAAACAUCAAUUCGCGUGGCCUUUCCAACAGCCUGUGGAUGCUGUCAAGCUAAACCUCCCUGAUUAUUAUAAGAUUAUUAAAACUCCUAUGGACAUGGGAACAAUAAAGAAACGCUUGGAGAAUAACUAUUACUGGAAUGCUCAAGAAUGUAUCCAGGACUUCAAUACAAUGUUUACAAAUUGUUACAUCUACAAUAAGCCAGGGGAUGACAUAGUCUUAAUGGCAGAAGCUCUAGAAAAGCUUUUCCUGCAGAAAAUCUCUGAAAUGACCCAGGAAGAAACUGAAAUUGUAAUAUCCCAGACAAAAGGAAGAGGACGUGGGAGGAAGGAAGCAGUUACAUCCAAGCCAGGAUCAUCUAUGGUACAGAAUGCAACUCAAGCGUCAUCCCCAGUCCAGACGCAGCCCCCACAACAGAACCUUCAGUCUGCGCAGGCAACUCAUUCCUUUUCUUCUGUGACCCCUGACCUUAUUGUCCAGACGCCAGUAAUGACAGUGGUGCCUCCUCAACCACCUGCACCUCCUCCACCUGCUCCCCCGGCUUCUGUUCCUCCAACCCCAGCUCCCCAACCCAUCCAAGCACACCCAUCUGUCAUCCCCACAGCUGCACAGCCUGUGAAGACAAAAAAGGGGGUGAAGAGGAAAGCAGACACCACGACACCAACAACAAUAGACCCAAUUCACGAAUCGUCAUCACUGCCCACUGAAACCAAGACCACCAAGCUGGGUCCCCGAAGGGAAAGCAGCCGGCCAGUGAAACCUCCAAAGAAGGAUGUUCCGGACUCUCAGCAGCAUGUGGUAGAGAAGAGCAGCAAAGUGUCAGAGCAGUUAAAGCAUUGCAGUAGCAUUAUUAAGGAAAUGUUUGCCAAGAAACAUGCUGCCUACGCAUGGCCCUUCUACAAACCUGUGGAUGUGGAAGCACUGGGACUGCAUGAUUAUUGCGAUAUCAUUAAACAUCCCAUGGAUCUGAGCACAAUCAAAUCUAAGCUGGAGAGCCGGGAAUACAGAGAUGCUCAGGAAUUUGCAGGCGAUGUCCGAUUGAUGUUUUCCAAUUGUUACAAAUACAACCCUGCUGACCAUGAGGUGGUAGCCAUGGCACGAAAGCUGCAGGAUGUGUUUGAGAUGCGCUUUGCUAAAAUGCCAGAUGAACCUGAAGAACCUGUGAUUCCAGCCUCUUCUCCGGUUGUGGUCCCACCCCCAACCAAGGUGGCUCCCCCUUCAUCCAGUGAUAGUAGCAGUGAUAGUUCCUCUGACAGUGACAGCUCAUCAGAUGAUUCUGAGGAAGAGCGAGCUCAGCGGUUGGCAGAACUCCAGGAACAGCUUAAAGCAGUGCAUGAACAGCUUGCUGCCCUGUCCCAGCCACAGCAGAACAAACCAAAGAAAAAGGAGAAAGACAAGAAAGAAAAGAAAAAAGAGAAGCACAAAAAGAAGGAAGAAUUAGAAGAGAGUAAGAAAAGCAAAACCAAGGAACCACCGCCCAAGAAGGCCAAGAAAAGUAACAGCAACAGCAGUAACUCCAGUAGUAAGAAGGAGCCUGUGACAGUGAAGAACAGCAAGCCCCCUCCGGCCUACGAGUCUGAGGAGGAGGAGAAGUGUAAGCCAAUGUCCUAUGAGGAGAAGAGGCAGCUGAGCCUGGACAUUAAUAAGCUCCCUGGUGAGAAACUAGGCCGAGUUGUCCAUAUCAUCCAGUCGAGAGAACCCUCACUUAAAAACUCCAAUCCGGAUGAGAUUGAAAUUGACUUUGAAACAUUAAAGCCAUCCACGUUACGGGAGCUGGAGAGAUAUGUAACGUCAUGUUUACGGAAGAAGAGGAAACCUCAAGCAGAGAAAGUGGAUGUAAUUGCUGGUUCCUCUAAAAUGAAGGGGUUCUCCUCCUCAGAGUCUGAGAGCACCAGUGAGUCCAGCUCCUCCGACAGUGAAGAUUCAGAAACAGAGAUGGCACCAAAAAUGAAGAAGAAAGGGCAUUCUGGGCGAGAGCAAAAAAAGCAUCACCAUCACCACCAUCCGCAGGUGCAGCAGCAACCGCAGCAGCAGCCACAGCAGCUGCAACCACAGCCGCCACCGCCACCACCUCCGCCUGUCCCCCAACAAGCACCGCCUCCGAUGAAGUCCUCCCCGCCUCCUUUUGUCCCUGCGCAGGUCCCGGUUAUGGAGCACCCGCUCCAGGGGAAUAUGUUCGACACUAUGACACAUUUCACCCAGCCUAUCAUGCAUCUUCCUCAACCCGAGAUGCCUCCCCAUCUCCCCCAGCAGCCUGAGCACAGCACUCCUCCUCACUUGAACCAACAUGCCGUGGUUUCUCCUCCAGCUUUGCACAAUGCCCUGCCUCAGCAGCCCUCAAGACCCAGUAACCGAGCUGCAGCACUACCCCCGAAGCCUUCACGUCCACCGGCCGUGUCACCAGCCAUAAGCCAGCAGCCCAUGCUCCCCCAGCCGCCUUUGCCUCAGCCUCCCCAGGUCCUGCUGGAGGACGAGGAGCCUCCUGCCCCUCACCACAGCCUGUCUCUGAGCACCAGUCAGAUGCAGCUCUACCUUCAGCAGCUGCAGAAAGUGCAGCCACAGACGCCUCUCCUCCCUUCAGUGAAGGUCCAGUCGCAGCCUCAGCCACCCCUGCAGCCUCCUGCUCACCCCUCAGUGCAGCAGCUGCAGCACCAGCCGCAGCAGAGGCCCAUGCACAUGCAGCCCAUGCAGUUCCCUCCCCACAUCCCGCAGCCACAGCCACCUCCACAGCAGCACCCACCUCCACCACAGCAGCCACCGCCACCGCAACCACAGCAGCAGCCCCAGCCACCACCACAGCAGCCACCACAGCAGCCGGCAAAACCUCAGCAAGUCAUUCAGCACCACCCUUCACCACGGCAUCACAAGCCAGACCCCUACUCGACUGGUCACUUGAGGGAAGCACCUUCUCCUCUCAUGAUGCAUUCCCCUCAGAUGCCACAGUUCCAGGGUCUGGUCCACCAGUCACCACCUCAACAAAACAUCCAGCCGAAGAAGCAGGAGAUGAGAGCAGCCUCUGUCGUACAGUCCCAGCCUCUGGUGGUGAAAGAGGAGAAGAUGCAUUCGCCCGUCAUCAGAAAUGAAACAUUCAGCCCCACGUUGCGGCAGGACCCUCCCAAGCACCCUGAGAGCAUCAAGCCUCCUGCACAUAUCCAACAAAGAGCAGAGAUGAAGCCAACAGAGGGCGGGCGGCCGGUGAUCAGACCCCCUGAGCAGACUGCACCGCCACCUGGCAUACAGGACAAAGACAGGCAGAAGCAGGAACCAAAAACUCCUGUUGCUCCAAAAAAGGAUCUGAAAAUCAAGAACAUGGGCUCCUGGGCAAGUUUGGUCCAGAAACACCCAACGACUCCGUCCUCUACAGUGAAGUCCUCCAGUGACAGUUUUGAGCAGUUUAAGAGGGCAGCACGGGAGAAGGAGGAGCGAGAGAAGGCUCUGAAAGCUCAGGCAGAGCAGGUGGAAAAGGAGAAAGAGAGGCUGAGGCGGGAGCAGGAGAGAAUGAGGAGUCGCGAUGAUGAGGAUGCUAUGGAGCAAGCUCGCCGAGUCCACGAAGAAGUGCGGAGACGCCAGGAGCAGCAGCAGCAACAGCAGCAACAUCAUCAACAGCAACAGCAGCAGCAGCAGCAACAGCAGCAGCAACAGCAGCAGCAGGUGUCAGCUGCAGCCUCUGCGCCCCAAGCACAGAGCUCUCAGCCACAGUCCUCUCAGUCCAUGCUGGAUCAGCAGAGAGAGAUGGCCAGGAAACGGGAGCAGGAGCGGAGGCGCAGGGAGGCGAUGGCAGCUACUAUCGACAUGAAUUUCCAGAGCGAUUUGUUGGCAAUAUUCGAAGAGAAUCUUUUCUAAUAGCGCCUGGUUUUCUUCUCCUGACUCUUUAAUUUCCCGGCAAAUCUUUGACUCUUCAUAGUGUUAACGGCGGCUGGGAGGGGAGCGUUCCUGCAGCCCUUCUGCAUGCGUGACCGUCGCGGAUUUUUCAGUCGAGGCCUCAGAAGGAUCAGCAGAGUCUGCCUUACAGUUUGACCUUCGCCCCCUCUCACACUGACGAAAGACCGACCAAGACAAGCCAACGACAUGCUAGGUGUGACUGGACGUGCAGCUGCUGGGAAGGGUGCCCCCGAUUACCUGACACUCUCUAUGCCAAACGUAUUCACAGUAUCUCCAGGACGUCAUGUUCUCUUCACACCUUUUCUAUCCAUAAGGGUCCUACGUUCCAGAAUGUCUCUGACUAAAUGCUGGGUCACCGCAGCACAAGACGCACUUCACUGAGGCCAUGUUCAAGAGAAUCCUGGCUUGCACAGGAGACCUGGGGUCCAGCUGGGAACAUACCCGAGCUGUUUCUGGUCCUUUCAUCACUGGCUUUGCCUUUAACUUAACUUCCCACAAGCCUUUAGCUGGGAGCCAUUCUCUGUAAGUGUUCGCUUGUGAAAAAGGGAAUAGUACAGUGGAGGUGUCAAGUGUAACUGGCCAUUUGAGUGAGGUUUUUGUUUUAGCGUUGUGUGGAGGUCCGGGAUUCGGAGCUAGACUACCAACCAAAGUCAGUUUCUUUCAGUCUGUCUUAUUUUUCUUUUUUUUUUUCUCUUUUCCUUCCUCCAGACAGUUUGGCACUGCUCAACUCUUGCCUGGGUAUUAUUUGUCUCUUCAUUAUGGAGUGGAGUGGAGUGGGGAAGCAGUAACAGCAGGGGAAGCUACCACCCUGUCACUAGUGUUUGACUGUGGCUGUAUUGUAUAGUGAAUAUAGUUGGCAUAUAUUUGUUUGAGGUUUCUGCUGAGCCCACCAAACUUGGUGUAAAGACACUGCUUUAUAUUUUGCUCAGUUUCAAACUUUUAGUCUAUAUUUUUAACUGUAAAACCAGAAAGCUGCAUUUUGGGUUUUUUUGUCAUAAAAUAUGUUUUAAAAAGAAGAAAAAAAAAAAAAGAAAAAAGUUUUUAUACCUACAAGGAGGGGCGGGGGCUGUGGUGCCAGAAUCCUUCCCUGCCUGGCCCAGCCCCCUGGCCAGCAGCGCGCCACCCCGGGCGCUAUUCAGCGUGUGUUCUUCUUUUAAUUUUAUUCUUUGAACUGUUGAACGUUAUGUGCCAUAAAUACCCACUAUACAGUACAAUACUGGCGUGUCAGUAUUGGGCAAGCUCUGGAGUCACUGAUUGGUUUUACUUUAAUACGGUGAAUAUGCAUUUGGUCUGUACUGAUCAUGGAAUAAACUCAUCUCUUUUUUUUUAAAA